GGUUUAUCUAAUUAAUAAAAGACCGAUUAGACAAAUUUAAUAAGUUUAUUUAAUUUUCUGUCUAGAAACUUGAACAAAUACCAGCACUAUUAUUUUUAGAAGUGUAUUAGUUUACUGCAGAGGUUGUGAUCUGAAACCGUAAAAGUUACCAACUAUUUAAAUUUAAUAACAGAUUGCAAACUACGAAGUAAAAUUGCAAUUUUUUACAACAUUAAGAAGAAAUAAAAAUGGAGUUUAGAGCAAUCUCGUUCCCAGUGGCCUUGCUUUUAUUUCAAGUUCUACUUAUUUGUUUAUAUGCAGGCUUUGUAAAUUACGAUGAAUCUGGACCUUUACAAGACAAUAUAAACUAUUAUCCAGUAUUUCAAGACGUUCAUGUUAUGAUCAUUAUUGGUUUUGGGUUUCUUAUGACAUUUUUAAAAAGAUAUGGAUAUGGAGCAGUUUCAUAUAAUUUGUUGCUCGCAGCAGUUACCAUUCAGUGGUCAAUACUUCUUAAUGCAUGGGUGUCUAAUCAAACAUCAAAGUUCAAAGGCAAGCAAGUGACUCUUGGAGAAGUCAAACUUGGAUUAAAAGAUGUAACAUUUGCUGACAUAUCAUGUACUCCUAUUCUGAUUACAUUCGGUGCUAUUCUUGGUAAAGCAAGUCAUUUACAACUUUUCGUAAUUGCCAUCAUUGAAACUAUAAUAUAUGUUGUAAAUAAUAAUAUUAUCACUGAUAUAUUUGAAACUGCUGAUGCUGGAGGAACUGUGUCAUUGCAUUUGUUUGGAGCUUAUUUUGGUUUAGCAGUUGCAUUUGUUCUGAAAAAUUCAGGAGAUCCUUAUGGAAAGGAAUCAUCUAGUUAUAAUUCAGAUAUUUUUUCAAUGAUUGGUACAUUGUUUCUAUGGGUAUUUUGGCCAAGUUUUAAUGCAGGAACUCUCGUUGGUAAACCUUUGCAGAUUAACAGAGCAGUAAUCAAUACGUACAUUGCUUUGGCAGCUGGAGCUGUAACCUCAUUUGGUGUUUCAUCUUUAGUAAAUAAAUCAUAUAAAUUCAAAAUGGUACUUAUGCAGAAUGCAACAAUAGCUGCAGGUGUAGCUGUUGGAAUAUCCAGUGACCUUUUAAUUAGACCUUGGGGAGCAAUGUUAAUUGGUUUGACUGCUUCUACUAUUUGCGUUCUUGGUUUCACUUAUCUCACGCCUCGCCUAAAUAAACUCUCAAUCCAUGAUACAUGUGGCGUACAUAAUUUGCAUGGGAUGCCAGCUCUAUUUGGUGCUUGUUGUGCAGCAAUUUGUGCUAUUGCUAUUCCCCCUGGAAAAUACUCUGCAGAGGAUUUCAAAUCAAUCUACACUGCAUCAGCUGAAAGAUCGCCUCUUAAGCAAGGUGGUUUCCAAUUUGCAGCAAUUAUUGUAACAUUGGCAUUUGCUAUCAUUUGCGGCUUGAUCACAGGUUAUAUUAUAACAUUUUUAAAGAAUCCUCCUGAAGAAAACCGUUAUGACGAUGCAGGAGAGUUUGAGGUUAUGCCAGAGCAAACAAUUCAAUAUGAACGUAUCACUGACGAAGUAAACAUUACUAUGGCGUAAAUAGGAAAUUAAAUCGAACAAGUCAAAUUGCGAUAAAUUUUACUGUUAGCUAAAUAAUUAAAAACUUUUAGCUUAGAAGUGCUAGUUUCAAUUUUUUUUAAAUUUGUUCAAAUGUUUUUUAGAUUUAGAUGAAAUUUUGAAUGGUAAA